AGAGAGAGAGAGAGAGAGAAGAUUACCGACGCCUAAGCCGCGUCCAGCAUCUCACGCGCUCACCUGCCCGGUUCCUCUCGCACCCUUUUCGGUCCCUGUCCGUGUUUUUUGUCUCGUGCUUUUGCCGUUCAGGUAAAAUGGAUUAACGGACUUCUCUGGGGAAGCUGCGCCGUUUUCCGUUUUUCCCCUUUUCCGAAGUUGCUCCACAUCCAGGAGGGUUCUCGACACGCUCGGGACGGCCCGCCCUGCCCUCAGGAGGGGAUUAGAGAGGAGGAACAUCGCCGCUCGGAGAUGAAGACACGUCUUCAGUGGAGCGAUGGACGGACAGAAUGCGGAGCGAUACUGUAACCGGCGCCUUCAUGGAGCCCUGAUAUUCAGGGCAGACAGCAGGUGUGUAAAUGGAGGUGCAGGACAGGAGUCGCUCUCCGUCCCGCAGGACCAGCCGGGUGGAGCAGGUGGUGGGACGAUGGCUGAGAAGGUCCCGAGAUUUAGGCAGCAGGUCUCACUCUCUGAGCAGAGAUCGGGUUGCAGUGGAUGGAAAGGCAGCAGAGUCCAGCAGCUCCGAUCAGAGGAACUACCCCUUCCGCUUCAAUGUUCAGAUCCAACGGGACCUGAACCUCGACUCUCACGGCCUCACUCUUUCCUCCCAGACCCCCAUCCUGGUGCAGGAGGUCACCCCAGGUGGUCCUGCAGAUGGUCGGCUCAUCCCUGGCGACCAGCUUGUGAAGAUCAAUAACGUCGCUGUCGAUGACCUGACCCCGGAGCAAGCUGCUGAAAUAAUCAGGGAGUGUCAGGAUACAUUGACGAUGACAGUCCUCAGAAUAAUGCUGGGUCCAAAGUCAUCAUUCAUCACACCAGAGAAGAGGGCCAAGCUCCGGUCCAACCCUGUCAAAGUCCACUUUGCUGAGGAGGUGGAAGUCAAUGGACACUCUCAGGGGAACUCUCUGCUCUUCCUGCCCAAUGUGCUGAAGGUGUAUCUGGAGAACGGCCAGACCAAGGCCUUCAAAUUUGAGCCCAGCACAACGGUGAAGGACAUUGUGAUGACACUGAAGGAAAAGCUUUCUCUGAGCCGUAUUGAACACUUUUCCCUGGUGCUGGAGCAGAAGCACAGCAUCAGCAAACUCCUGCUGCUGCACGAUGAGGAAAGAGUACAGCAGGUGGUACAGAAGAAGGAGGCCCAUGACUACAGGUGUCUGUUCCGUGUUUGCUUCAUGCCCAAAAACCUUCAGAUGAUGCUGCAGGAGGAUCCCACUGCCUUUGAGUACCUUUACCUGCAGGGGGUGAAUGAUGUGCUGCAGGAGCGCUUUGCAGUAGAGAUGAGGUGUAACACCGCCUUGAGACUUGCAGCGCUGCACAUUCAGGAGAGGCUGGCAAGUUGUGGGCAGUCACCCAAGAUCAACCUGAAGAUGAUCACGAAGACUUGGGGCAUAGAGAACUUUGUUUCAUCCACCUUGCUGAGGAACAUGCGAGAAAAAGAUCUAAGGAAGGCUAUUGGCUACCACAUGAAGAAGAGCCAAUCACAGCACGAUCCCAAGCAGAAAGGCGUGUCAGUUGAUCAAGCGCGAAUCAACUACCUGGAGGAGCUCAACGACCUCAAGUCAUUUGGAGGGAAAUCCUUUGGUGCCACAAUGAUGCUGCAGGACAGGGAGUCAAUGGUGACCCUGUUGGUGGGGGCACGUUAUGGCGUGAGUCAGGUGGUCAACCACAAGCUGAGCAUCCUGUCCACCCUCACAGAAUUCACCAGCAUCACACGCAUCGAGCUGCUGCCUGAAUCCGACAAGGUCAGCCUGGUCAAAAUAUACCUGCAGGACAUCAAGCCCAUCACAUUACUAUUGGAGUCAGCAGCAGCUAAGGAUAUGUCCUGCCUCAUAGCAGGCUACUGCCGAGUUUUUGUUGACCCCAACCUCAACAUCUUUCCCUGGAUAGAUGACUCCAAAAAGCACAGAGUCUCUGCUGAGGAAGGUUACGUGUCACGAUGUUGCAGUGACUCAGAUGACUCGUCAGACUUGGACAUGGAGCCGCUGGUCCACCUGGUGUCCCUUGACGAGAAGCCUUGCCCCCGUCUCAGAUGCUCAUCAGACCCAGACGGAAGGAAAAGGAAAGACAGGGACAGGAGGAGAAACAAAGAUGGCAAAGACAAGGGAGAUAAACUUUGGGAGGAUAAGAAAGUGAAAGAAGAAAAGGAUGCUGACACAGAAAAAAAAAAGUCUCCACUAGACGGCAAGAAUAUAGGUAGAGAGCACAAAGACGAAACAGAGAAAGCGCAAAAUGGAGGACAAGUACAAGUUGAGGUAAGUGGCAUUGAUGCCGGAGGAAAAGCUGGACAAGUAGGGAAGACUGUAGGUAGAGAUGAGGCUCGAGCAGCAGAAGAGCAGCCGUCGAUAUCCGAAACUUCAGAUUCAUGUCACACUGACUCUCGUGUCCUCACCAGCCCCUCUAGUGACUCCCUCGAUGCCCUGGAAGAAGACGACUUGAUUUCUUGCUCUUCCUCCUCCAUCCAUCCAAACGCUCCCUUACAAAGUCACUCUUUCCAUCAACUUCACCCUUACUCCCAGAGGCACGCUCAGCCUCACCUCCUCACCCCUCCGCCAGCUCACUCCCAUCCCCUCAUCGUAGCUCACAUAGAGGACUGCAGGAGGUCAGGCGAUGGAGCCGACCCCCAGCUCAUCACCUCCGCCUCCUCUCAGGGCCUUCACCACAUCCAGAAAUGUUCAGGUAACCUCUGCUCUGACGACAGCUCCCUGUGCUUUGCUGAGCUCUCCCGCCUCGUGGACUUCCUGCCGAGCCCCCCGGAGGCUAGCGAGGAAGAUGACGAAGAGGAGGAUGAGCUGAGGAGGAGGAAAAGGACAGAGAUGUUGAAAGAAAUGGAAGUGGCAAUGAGAAAAGCAGGCGAAGGUGGUUUUAAAGAGCAUCUGUUGUCUCCACUCCCAUCCUCCUCUUCCUCACAUGUAGAUUUUGUGUUUAACUUUGACCAAAGCGAUACUCGCUGCUACUACAACAUUUGCUCCAACAUCACCCCCGACAGCGCUCGCAGCCUCCCCCACCAGAAUGAGGGAGAAGACUUGAAGGAGGUAGAGGGAGAUGAACCCAAAGCUGAAGGCCUGGAGACGAUCCCCAUCCUACAUCCGCCACCCGGCUUUGGAGACAGCAGCUCUGACGAUGAGUUCUUUGACGCUAGGGAUCGCUUCACCUCGCCCGAAGACCCGACCUCAGGGGCCGUGCCAAGAGAUAUUUGCACAGAGAUGAAGCUGGACCUUCUCAGCACACUCAGCCUCAGUGAUAUUCGAGUCUGUGUGGCGGAUGCAGAAAAAGAUGGAAAAGCAAAAGUGGACAGAAAGGGCGAAAAUGAAGAAGAGGAAAGCAAAGAAACAUAUUUCCAGCUCAGAAAAAGAUCACGGAAGCGACGUUCGUUCAUGGAAACUGAUUUCACCUCCAGGGUGUCUUAUCCAGAACCCGAUCCAGAAUCAAAGCAGGACUUGGCCUCCAACAGGCUUUGCAAAAACCUUUUAGCAGAAGCCACUGCUGCCGAGAUGCUCAGUUCAGAUCCAGAACCUUCAGAACAAACCCAGAAUCCGAGUCCUACUGUCUCCUCGCUCACUCACUCUGAAGGGGAACCGGCUCAACUGGAGUCAAAACCCAUCCUGUCAAAAUCUGUAUCACUUUCACCAGGUUCUCGUUCUGGAUUUGGGUCUCAUGAGCAAAGUCGAGGCCCAAAGUCGCCCUCCAUAACCAGGAAGCAGGACAUGGAGAUGGAGCCUGAUGCGAUGGAAUCGAAAUCGGUGACAGAUUUGGUGAAAGCGGCAUCUCCUACCAUUACUGUUGUCCGCUGCCGGGUGGAUCCAGACGGGAAGGAAAGUGCUGACCGGAGGGGCGACGGAAAGGAGGAGGGGGAGGAACAGGAGGAGAUGGGUGAGAAGAAAGAGGAUGAAGACAAAGAGGAACCAAACGGGGUGACAGGGAAUGGACCAUUUACUUCUCAUUUGUUUUUGCCAGAGACUACCAAGAAUGAAGACGAGAUGAAAGACGGGAUGUUGGGAUACUCGUCUAGCUCAAAGAGACCACUCAUAGGAGCUGCAAGGCCACCAGACGCCAACACGUGUUUAACAGAAGUGAAUAAAAAGGGUAGUAAUGGUCUUUUGGUAUCCCAUGUGAUUGGUCCUGAUAUAAACACAUAUAUUGAGGAAUAUAUGCCUGAGAAGUCAAGCCCAAAGUCAUACUCACCACCACCUCCACCACCUUCAUCCCCACUACCUCCAUCACCAGUUCCUCAAAAAAUUCAGGCGAAGGAGGAAGGAGACAGCGAAAACAUGGCAAGCAAACUUACUAUUUCAAAUCAUAAGGAGGUGAGUAAUAAUGCUAACAAACCACAGUCACGCGUAGAAGUCGCAACCAGCAUUAAUGAUGUUAGUUCUAAUGUUAGCGAUGAAGUUACAGACAGUACCAAUUCAGAUAACGUGUUUGAAGAUGACGACGAAGAAACCAACAAUUCCUUAGUUUUAUGUUCAAGUGACAAGAGAGAUGACCACACUACAGCUGAAAAACAUAGCAUCUGUACUAAUUCAGCUGCAGCAGGUAAAGGUGAGCAACAAAUUAAGUCUUGUUCAAGUUCUGAAGCUCACCCAAGGAUUCAUUCUGUUAAUUCUGAUUAUACUCGAGCUAUAAACUCUAUCACGGCGAAGCUUGGAGCUGCAACAAGUGUCAUGUCUCCUGCUUUUAAUUCAGGUGCUAAAUUGAAAAGCAACGCCACCCUUCAGAAUGUUUCAAAUCAAAGGGCAGAUAAGCCCAAAAGUGAUUCCACCGUGCCAAGCACUAAAGUUGAAGAAAAUUCAGUUACUCCUGGCUUAGCGAAGGCUAACACAGCUACAGUCCCAGAUAUUUCCAAAGAACCUCUGUCUCCACGUCACUUCCUCUUCCAGCCCUGUUCCCAAAGCAUCAUGGGACGAUUAUCUGCCUCAACGCUCAGAGGAAAGAUCCAACAGCUGCCCCUUUAUUUAUCUCGAUCCCAAGACACUCUCCAUCAAGUUGGAGCUGAAAAUGCAACCCCAAGUCCUGCUGAGGACAACAGUAAGGGGGACGCAGAUAUAACCAUUAAAGUAACCGACGUCAAUGAUGUCACACAAACUAUCAACUUAGAGAUGGGGGCAAAUGCUGAAACAGUAGAGUCAGACGAUUCAGAUACAACGCUCACAGGAUCUGAGGUGGACGGGGAGUUUUUUGCAGAAAUACCCUCAGCGAGGAGUUUAAGUUUGGGAUCUGAAGUGAAUGAAGUAAAAUCUGAGUUGCCUGUUCAGACUGAGCCCAAACCACAAUAUCAAAAUCAACUCUUGUACUCUGGAUCCAACAAGAACACACCAGGUCCCAUAACAGAGCCUCCAGCCUCCAUCGUGAGCCACCUCCAAAGAGGCUUAAAUAUCGACACUCCUGGACCUGUAAAAGAUCCUCCAGAACCAAACAUCAAAGUCCUGAGUCCAGAUGAAGACAUUCCAGGUUACAAAAUGAGCUAUCAGUCACCUUCUAUCCCACCUCCGAUAGUGGUGACAACGCAGAAUCUAAACGGGCCAGGACUUCCUUUUCAUAGUCAAAAAUUAAAAAGGACCAGUAGUGACAGACCUUUAAUGGGUCUUUGCAGGCCUUUAGAGCAGAAUUCAGACUCACCAAAGACACUUUCCUCUGGCUGCAGAGUGUUUACCAUCUGUGAGGAUCAGGCAAAGACCCCGGCCGAUGUUGAAUCCACUCCACUCCUGAAAUCAGAGUUUGGCUGCGCCUCUGUGCUAGCAUCUGGAUGUGAGUCGGUCAUGGAGGGUGUUCAAGUGCCGCUGGACGCUUGCGGCUGCCCGGCGGUUUAUACCAACUGCUUCAGCGGGGGGGACAGCUUCGACGAUGAACUGACAGUCUACGAGUUCUCUUGCCGGACUCAGAGCAGUGGUGUUACCCAGACCUCUGGGGCACGCCUUCCCCUCAUGACCUCAGCCCCCGUUCCCUCUUUUCUCUCCACCUCCUCCACCCACAACUCACCCUCCUUCCCACGCUCCAUCCUCUUCUCCUCCUCCACAUCCGAGCUCAGCCCUCUCCUCUCGCCGCUGUCCGAGUCCUCCGAUUCCUUCAUGUCCCAAACGCACAAAGAUACCAUCGGUCGACUCGGUCAGCAGCGGUACCCGGAACCCCCAGCGGGUUUCCAGGUUCUCCGUGUUGACGUGGACCAGCUCCUUUCCAUCCUGGAAAGUAGUGGCGGUGCUGUGGCAGGUCAUAGAGGUCGCCACCCACGGGACACAUGCCCUGCCCACUUCACAGAGAACAAGAGGGUGCUCCAGAUAGAGGCUCGCCGACUGAUGUCGGGCUGCCAGAAGGUGGUUGGGAUUGGACAGAGCCCCGAGGAGAUGCUCCAUUCCCUGGCUGACAGUUUCCGGACCCUGGUGGAGCUGGCAGGUAUAUGCCUCUGGUUCUCUGGCUGUGACAGGUGCGACCGCAGGAAUGCAGAGGCGGUCGCAGGUCUGGCGGACGUGGCUCGGUCAUUCAGGGACUUCUGUCUGGCGGCAGAACGAGCCAGCAGUAAACGCAGCUGCCAGGAUCUGAGCACCAAGCUGCUGGCCAAACAGUGUACUGCACUCACCGCCUCCGUCUUCUGCCUCACCCAGCUGUUCCGCACCCUCACCGCACUAUGAUCAGACCGCAACCUUGGAGGACUUUCAGGAAAGCUGUGGCGUGUAGCCCCACAAUCAUGAGGUCAUCAAGUGAGCCCACAGCUGCUGCAGAUGUGGGCAGAGUUUGACCCAGCGUGUUCAGAUUGGGCGGUAAAGCUUGAGGCACAAAAACUCUGAACAACACAGAGCCACGAGGCGAGAGAUCUUUGAGGUGCAUGUGAUGACUGACUAUAUGCUGCAUUCUGUAGCCCACGAACUAGACAGCCGGAGUGGUGCAAGCUGCAAAAAGCAGAACCCGCUUGCAUUCCAGUAUUGAGGAACUGAUGUACUUGAAUGUAUUCCAUGUUACCUGUUUAUUUAUUUAAUUAAUGAGUUACGCCGGUGCGUCUGCGAGGAAUGUCUUGGAAGGGAGAAAUUUGGUAAAUGUUUACAGGCAAAGAGCUUUCGAUAAAUGAGUAGCAGUGUGUGUAAGUAGUGGGCCUUUUACACACAAACACAAGCACACACAGAGCAAAUCUGUCUUUGAUUCAUCUAUUCAUACAUAGGCUUUUUAUUUCAACCCGACAAAUCAUGUUUUAGUGACUUUCUGUCUCUCCUGCAGUUUCCUGAAGCUUACAUUCUGUAUCUUUACAUUCUCCAGGCUCUCUGUGAGCACUUUUUUUUGGAAUGUUACUGUUUACAAAAACCAAAACCUGGUGUAAGAGAUGAUGUGAUCGAGCCUGAAGCUGUUUUGCCAUUUUAUAAGUCUCAUAGUGGAAUGCUGAUGUAUGCGCUUCAUAGAUAUGAGUUUAUGAAACAACAGUUUGGAUGAGGUACGGUCCUUUACGCAUUCGGUUUGUUGUCAUUUUGCACAGACGUUUGCUAUGAUUUAUGGAAAUGUAAUACAUUUGCUCGCUUUCCUCUCAUUUGUUUGUCAGCACUGUCUUUCUCCACCUGCAGUUAAAGGACUGAACCUUCGGGUGCAUGGUGAUGUUGCUGUCAGCCUGUUUUUUUUUUCUCUCCAUACUUUACUUGUUUUUCUGUUUAGUACAAACAUCGGGAACAACAAUCUGCCGUGUGCAAGUAGAAGAUACUUGCCAAUAGUUAUUUAUGGUAUGUUGCAUAGUUUUAUGAGAAUUUUCAGAGUCUUGAGAUUCAAAUAUUGUUUUAAACAUCAUAAAAACCUGCACACCUCUGGGGACAGUCAGAAAAGACUGACUUUGACUAACCUGUCCCUUACACUAAGUGCAUUAUUACUACAGAUUUCCCAGUAUGACCACAAAUAGCAGAAAACCAGUGACAGAAUUUGGCCCCAGAUUAGUGCAGGAUUACAGUUGUAUGAGCGGUCAGUCAAACUGAUGCAAUCAUCGGCUGACAGCCUCCUCAACACAUCCAUCACAAAAUCAUGUAAAACACUGAUUUGCUUAAAGCUUAUUAUUGUGGAUAAGCUGUUUUAUUGCAGCAUUUUCACUUGGAAUGUUUCUUAAAGUACAAAAUAAAAGGCUUGAUGCACACUGGACCUGCAUGUUCACUGGAGAAAUACGUCACCACUUCAGUACUGGGAACACAAUAUAUUGCAGACAGUGUUUCUAUUUCUAUAUCUAUUUACAAUGGCAACUGAAACACUUUAUUUAUUCACCUGUAUCUGUUUUGUUCAGUUUGGUUGCAACAUGAUAUCAUUUACUGUAUUUUACUCUCAGUUUGCAGCAGAGAAGAUUUACCAUUAUCUCAGUGUGGAAAUUGCCCCAAACAAAUGAUGUUUUCAAACCAUCAUCUGUGCUCACAAAGCAUGCGGUUAUAAGCCAUAAAUGCAUAGUUGUUUCAUCAGGGAUUUUAUCUGUGAAUGACUGAAUGAUGAUGUCUGCUCUUGCUUUGUAAUGCUCAACUCCCACCAUUAAAAACAAUGUUAAAA